GUUCCGCUGGCUCUCGGUCCGCGGUAUAUAUAUGUGUCAUCACCCUGAGUCGAGAGCACGAUUGGCGGGGCGUUUGGACCGUCGUUGCAUUGUCACCAGCGAUGAGCGCCGCGGGAGCGAUAGCGGCUGCUUCCGUGGGACGCCUGCGCACUGGUGUGUGUAGGCCCUUCUCAGCUUACGGGAGAGGCCUCAUCAUCAGGUGUUACAGUUCAGGAAUGACCUUAGACAAUAUUAACCGGGCAGCUGUGGAUCGAAUAAUUCGGGUGGAUCACGCUGGUGAAUAUGGAGCAAAUCGCAUCUAUGCAGGGCAGAUGGCCGUGCUCGGCCGGACCAGUGUUGGCCCUGUCAUUCAGAAAAUGUGGGAUCAAGAGAAAAACCAUUUGAAAAAGUUCAACGAGUUGAUGGUUGCAUUCAGGGUCCGACCUACGGUUUUGAUGCCCUUGUGGAAUAUAGCAGGCUUUGCCCUGGGGGCGGGAACUGCUUUGCUGGGGAAGGAAGGAGCAAUGGCCUGCACCGUGGCAGUAGAAGAGUCUAUUGCUCAUCACUACAACAACCAGAUCCGCACACUGAUGGAAGAGGACCCUGAGAAGUACGAGGAGCUGCUGCAGGUCAUCAAGCAGUUUCGAGAUGAGGAGCUUGAGCACCACGACACAGGCCUGGACCACGACGCGGAGCUGGCUCCCGCGUAUGCCUUGUUGAAGAGAGUUAUCCAGGCCGGAUGCAGUGCAGCCAUAUAUUUAUCAGAAAGGUUUUAAAGUAUGUCUAUUGAACCAUUUCUAGAGAAGAUGGUCAUAACUUAAGGAGUGAUGUUUGCGGAGGAGGAACUGUACAAUUAUCACUGUGUACGUUUUGUUAAUACAAGAGGUGGUGAUUGGGGGUUGUGUUGUUUGUCAGUAAAAUUCUUUGGCACUGGU